AUGUCGUUGGCUCAGGUUAUCCUUAUAUCCGUGCUAUUGGUCUUGAUUUGCCGCAACGGGUUAAUUGCCAGAUCACUUAACACCAUCAUAUCGGCACCUAUCAACACCUACUUGUGCUGGAAACACCCAGUCAAGUCCCUGAACAAAUCCACCAGCAUACCGAGCUGCCCAUUCCAACUUCCAAAUGGACAAGGAAACGUCAAGUUUGCGGAUGGCCGAGCCUACUCUCGCACGUGGGCGAACAGUUUCGGCCAGAUAUACCGUAUCUGGGCUGGUACCACCCCUGAAGUGGUCCUUACCCGUCAAGAGCACAUGCCCGUAGUAUUCAAAGACUCCCAUCUCCAUACCAAGUCCUUCAAUUUUGACGCUGGUUGGCUGUUUGGUGAGCUUGUAGGCAAAGCUGUGGGCCUUCUCAGCGGUCAAGAUUGGAACCGGGUGCGAGACGUCUUUGCGCCGAGCUUUCAUCGAGCCAAAGUCGACGAAUUCUUGCCUGUCAUGCAACGACGUGUCAAGCAAUGCCUUGAUGAGCUACAUGCAUCACCGAAGAUCCAUGCGGAUGGGGUUUUAGUCAUCAGUCCAGCGGAUGAUCUACGAUUGUUGUCUUUCUGGGUUCUCUGUGACAUCCUAUACGGCGGUAUGACGCCGGACAUGGAGGCCAACAUGCUGGAGAUUGUCAGUGAGAGGGAGCGGGUCUGGGCAAAUGUUACUGCCGGAGGGCUCUCCCGUCUUUCCAUCGGACAAUACUUGCCAACCGCUUCAAAAAGGGCACUCAAGCUCUUCCGCUCGCACUGGUACCAGUUCAACCGACAGGCUUGUGAUCGUGCCCGCCAGUCAUUCGCUGGAACACCCCCAGUCUGCGUUUAUUACGAUGCGGUGGAACGCCAGGAGCUCACCGAGAGAGAAAUGCUCGAUACCAUGGAUGAAAUUCUGUUCGCCAACCUUGAUGUGACUAUUGGCAGUCUCUCUUGGGUGCUGAUCUUUAUGGCUACUCAUUCCAAGAUUCAGGAUCAGCUACGAGAAGAGAUCCGCAGCAAACUUUCUGAGGAGCCUACCGCUGUUUGGAAUCAGUACAUCUCGGGGUCAUCUACUCUCUUGAUGGCGUGUCUUCUCGAAUCAGCUCGUCUACGACCAAUUGCGUCAUUCUCUGGCGCGCAAAGCCCACCGACAGACCGCGAAGUUGACUCGUACGUUAUACCUGGAGGAAUGAAUGUCACAGUGGAUAUCCACGGCUUGAACAUUGACGAUCCCUCUUGGGGGGGGACCGGUAUCAAUUCAACCCACGUCGAUUCCUAG